AUGGCUUGGGAGCCUGCGAGGCGAGGUGCUCCUUCGCCGUCCGCUUCGCCAACGCCGUCGACCGUGGCUGCGUUUGCGAUGCGCAGAGACACAGCGUCACCCUUUGUCUCCUCGCCAGCCUUCCGCGACGUUGCUUCGCCUAUGAGCGCCUCGCAUGCCUCGGUCAGCAAAGAUGCGGCUCGUGCUACGCUUUCGCCCCGGCCGAUGUCGCCUGCUGCGUACCGCUUCGAUGCUAGCGCCUCUGGCUCAUCGUCCAGACCAAACGCAUCUGCGUCUGCCUCAUCGCAAAGCGCGACAAAUGCGAAUGUCGACGAUGGCAUCUCUACAAAACCUGCAGAGAGAACGAACAAACGCUCUCAGCAGGGCGGUGACCAGACUCUCAGCAUGCGGAACAGCGAUAAAAGCGCCGAGCGCGCCUUCUAUCGUCGCGUACUCUUUCAGGACCUGUCCCCGAACGCCGAGGCUCCCACCAUCACGCAUGGUGCCGACCUGGACCACGAGAUCUACCUGCUGCUGGCCUACCUCUUGCGAGAGACGGUGCUUCCGUGGUACAGCAAGCUGACGCCCGACCGCGAAUUUCUCACUCAGAUCACCUCGAUCAUUACUGCGAUCGUCCACACCAUCACCGAGCGCCAGCUCUUCACAGCCCAAGCCAACGCGUCGUCGCCUGCGACUCACGAGAGCGACAUUCAUGCUCCGCGUACGCCUGCUCAGUCGGACCUCGUCCGCAUCCACGACCUACUUUCCCGCGACAUUCCUUUCGUCCUGCGGCAGCACUGUCACGAGUUCCGGCUAGCGUGUGCCAAGGCAGGCAGCGUAUGGGCACCCCUGGGUGCCUCUGCAACCCCGCCAACACUGACGAAGGACGUGUCUUCGGUCGAGCACGACGAACAGCGACACCAGCAAGUCCACGAGCGCGUUCCCGCAGAAUAUCAAAGCGCGUUCUUGCCGUCGUCGACGAUCGACUCUGCGUCCGCUUCUCCUUUGCACGUCGCACAGCUGCUGAGCGCGGCCUGCCCACAUCCGGGCAUCGGCGGCGAGUCCGGCUCGCUCGACGGCAAGAUCGACUUGACGUAUCUACGCAUCGCCGUCCUCAACCUGCUCUCAUCGCUGAUGCCCGCCGACGAAUUUACGCCCGAUACGGAGAAGUUCAUCGUGCGAGAUGUGCUCGUCACAGUCCUACGAGGCGCGCUAGCCCGCUCGUUCCGACCAUGGUUCUUUGUGCAGAGCAUGCACAGGGCUCUCGACGCAGCUGGCUGGCCGAGCCAUCCCACACUGCCAUCUUCAGAGUCAGCUCACAGGCUGAGCAGCGAGCCAGUGCAGACAGCAAACACGCCAGCUCCGGCUAGCCAGGUGACGGCAUCGAUUCUGACGCUGAUCUCGAGACUGCCGCUGCUGCUUGUUAAUGCUUGGACUUUUCUGGUGCUACGUGCGUUGCCAUUUGUGGCGCGAGCGUAUCUCGAUCUGUUCAACGUGCAUCGCGAGGCCAGUCGCAAGAGACGAAGGCGGCAGCAACGCCAAGCGGAAGGCGGAUCGAUGCAUGUGCGGACGUCUUCGACGAACCAGAUCCCCUCUUCGCUGUCCACCGGCAGCCUGAACGAGCGCAAGAUGCAUGGCCGCUACCCGUCACGCAAGUUUCAGUUUGGGUCGGACGGAACGCUGCUUGACCGCGGUAAUUCGUCUGCCGCUCCAAAAGGUGCCGACGAGAGGCGCGAGACCGAGACAGCUGCCGCAGUCGCGACCGAAGAUGUGGAAGAAUCGCAUUCUUUGCACGACUACGUUGGCAACUGGUUCAGCGCGACCGAAGAGAUCCUGCAGGUCAGCUCGCACGCGCUGUUGCGGACGGCGUUUGGCUUUGUGCGGACGGCGCUUGGAGCAAGUGGUAUGGACGCGGUGCUCAAUCGGAUAAUCGUGCGCAAGAUCAACGCAGCAGUACGGGACGCAGAGACCUGGACGCGGAUGGUGCAGGAGCUCCGGCGCAUCCUAUUGCCAAACGGACACCUUCCGCCGUCGGUCCCAGAUCCGGAUGUCGAGACGCAAGAGGCCGAGUGGAUCCGACUGCGCACGCGGCUGGUCUGCAGUCCGUCGGCCUCAGCCGGAUCGCCUUCAGACGCACAGCAAGAGUCGUUACUGGCGCGGAUCAGCAAGAAGAUGCUGCUCGGAAGUGCCGAUACCAGCCUCGGGCGGGGCGAUCGCGCGUCGCAGGUGCGCGACACGCAGAUCCAACUGCAGACCGUCACCGCCUGGCUCGCCCCCUUCUGCUCUCCGCAGGCGGCAGGGUCCAACACGCUGCUCGCCAUCCUGCUCUUCGAGCGGGUCGUGGCGACUCUCUGCCCCGAUCUGACCAUACCUUAG